AUGGCGUCGCUGGCGAAGAAUCUGAAAAAUUUGACGCCAAACGUGCGAAAAGUCGCUGUAACUUGGGAUAAGGCCGAAAGAAUUCGGAGGAACGAGGAAAUCUUCAAAAAUCCGGAUAGUGUAGUGCAUAGACUACCGGAACAUUAUAAAAGACGAUAUUGGGAGAUGAUUCUGUCCAAUAAAUCGCCGGUUCACUAUAAACCACCAACAAGCCGUGCCGCGUAUGAUUCGUUCAAAAAUGUGGAAUUGGAACUGGAAGACAAUCCAAUCGUCGGAAUCCGAACACCAGAAGGCGAUCAGGGGCUGUGGGGUGGAGAGAGAGUGGUGACAGUAACCGAGCGAGCAAUGCGACUAAUCGAUGAGCACUUCGGCCUCGAUUACUACAUUCUCCAGAGUCAAGAAAUCGAUUUGGACUCGAAAUUCGCCAAUUCUCUAAAACGUGAAAUUCUUCUGACAUUGGCAACGGAAUCGUAUUACGAUGGGGAUGAUGAGAAGAAGGCGUACAUUCGACAGAAAUACGCUGAAUUCGUGAUUCCAGAAGCAGAAGCCGAGUGGAUUGGGCUGGAUUUGAAUGAGGCCGCCCGGAAACAACAGGAUAUCGAAGACUCGACGGCGCCCGUCCCGCUGAAAUAUAGUCUCGAACAAUCGCUUCUCGCGCGUCUCCGUGACGGAACCGACGACGUCUCAAUGGAAAUGGAGAAUCCAGAAGCGCCAAUUCGGACGGAAUCGAAAUUCGGAGACAAAUUAUUCGGAAAAUAUUUGAAUCCGAUCGGAAAGAAGCUUCGAAGUGCCACCCAGUAG